GUUAAGUGUAGUUUAUCCCUCAAGCUGUUUUUUUAGCUGACACUAUGGUAACCGGUUUUCAUUAAUGCCCUUCAACCUUCUUGGCCCAGUUAACAGCUCAUCAAUGUUGUGGGUUAUGUAAAUAUUAUUCAGAUUUCGCUUUUCACUUAUAAGUGCAACCUUACAGUAAGGCCAGGAUCUGCUUGGAGUUGAGAGGCCGACAUCGGUUUUGGUGAGUACUAAGUUUAGCAAUGCGAAUCCCAUUUGUUUGGCGAGCCUGCUGUUUUUAUAACAUUUUGCACAGACUUAUAUCACAGAAUUUUAUGACCAACUUAUGAUUAGCACUUGAAUUCCGCAAAUUGGAGCCUACAGCUUAGGCAGUCUAGAAGUGCAAUAUCGUAGCUUGCAAUUAAUCCUAACAAACUGAUCGAAAUCAGGCUUUAUUUCGCGCUUAUAUAGAUCUUAUAUAGACGAAUGUGUAAAAUACUUCAUUCUAAUGCUUCGCCAAUGUACAUGGGAGGGGCAAAUUUUAACAAAACUGUGCAAGUAAACCUCACCAUUUAUUUUGUUCUUAUUAUAAACAAACAAGAACCUCUUAACCGUAGGACAACUCAAGGACAAGACAUAGUACAAAUUUUAGACCCUGGCAACGAAUGGUACAAAUCAGUCAUUUCACCAGAAAAGUAAAAGGAAAUACUAGCUUUAUUUGUAGACCAGAUUUACGGGAAAUGAUUCAGAGAAUUUGCCGUCUGAAAGUAAUGGGCUAUCGAUCUAGCUCACAUCCUUCAAAUUGUCAUCAAGACUAGACCAAAAAAAUGUGGCCGGAUUGUCGCACGCAUCACUGAACUGAGCGGAACAGCCACUGGGCAAAAGAUCUUUGCUUUUGCAGCAAUUUCGUUAGAUAGUUCGCUCAUCUUAAUAGACUAUCAAAUCAACCGCGGCGGGCGCCAAUAAAUUUUGCAACCGACAAAUAAGACUGAUAAGAUCUCUAUUCAUUCAGAUGCCGGACUGGAAUCCAAUUUUUCCACAGCAUGCAGUAUCAAUCAGUCCUUUAUAUUUGGCAUAUUUUCAUCGUUGCAUGAACUAGGAAAAGAAAACAAUGAUACAAAUUAACUUAAACAGAAGUUAUGUGCUAAGUUGCAUUGUUAUAAAACAACUUCUUUCAAAACUUGAGUAGGCAAGCAGGUGAAACAACUCCUGAAAAAUGUAGGAACCAUUCACCUUCUUGAACACGACAUUCUGGUGUUUAAAAGAAUUAACAAGAAUGACCAAGAACAGCAAACAUUCAUGUAGUGUAUAGUUAUCGUAAUUAAUCAAGGAAAAAGGAAAACAAAGGGCAGGAUUCGGUAGUGUUAUGCAAUCGGAAAACGCGUCCAGCUCGUAAGUUGCUUACAUCCCGCUUUGAUCGAUCUUGAGUCGUACUUCUUUACGAUCCUGAGAUAAGGUGUUGCCCGACAUGUCUUGAACAUUAAAAAAGCUAAUUAGAAUUUUUCUGAAAAUCAAAUAAAGCCAUGAGUUUCAGUGUUGUAAAAUUCUAAGCAGAUAUUAGAAAAUAAUGGCAUUGCUAUUACCACAUUAUCCUCAGUGAUAUGCUGGUAUGAGAAUUUUAAGACUUAGUUGGGCCUCUUUGCAGUCUGAGAUACGUGUUACAGUGUUAUUGUAAUUAAAAUCGAAUCUUGUUCUCUUUGAAUACCUCACCUUGUUAUGUUUAUUGAAUGUUUCUAAAUAAGGAGUUAUCAAGCAAUAGCCAGGCAUGAAGAACUAGUAGUUUUCUGUGUCGGUUACUGUUGUAGGUUACCAUAUAUUAAGUGUAGAACUAAAAAUUUAAUGUUCACUUCUCAAAAUUAAGGUGAUAUCCAAAUGUUAAUGCCAAAGCUGUUAUUUAAGGCUUUGAGACACUUAAUUUCAAUACGAUUGAGCCAUUUUAAAACUAAAUAUACACUGUAUGCUACUAUUAGUGCUUUUAAACAACUCAGAAUUACUUAGUAUAACACCUUAAUAAGUCUUUCUGAUGUAGUUAGAGCUUACUGGUGAUUCUGUUUUUUAAACGAAGACACGAAACAAAUUGGCCUAUUAAUUUAAUUUAAUUUCUAAGAGACAGGGAAAAGAAACUCGAUUUUGCAUAGUAAUGGCUCGACUAAAGCUGCUCGUCAGAAAAUUUCAAGGUAGGUGACUCAGUGUUGAUCUAAGGAGAAACGUAACCGACAAAGAAUGCUUCACCGCACAAUACCAAGGCUUACUGAUUGAAAUUGCCGUAUAAAUUAACUACCACUCAACCUAAAGGAGAUCAUAUGGUAAAACAAAUAUUCAGUGCUAAAUCGAAUAAAUUGACAAGAGCGUUUAGAGGUAAACAAGUGCAAAUUGGAUAUAUGGAAAAUCUACCGUUUAGGAAUUAUGUUUCCAUCCCUUUGGGUAUGAUUUGUCCAUAACAAAUAACACGCAGACAUUGAACAAUUUGAUCCCUCCGAAAGUGUUUUUUUGUAAUUUUAAAACAUAAGUUGAAGUGUAGGGCAGUAAUCCGCACACUCGUGUUGCUGGUUUUUUUUAGAAAAAUCCGUAAAUCCGCUCAUUUAAAAAUAUCCGAAUCCAAAAGGCAUGCAAUAUUUGCACGAUUCUGUAAAUGUCUUCAUUUCUCGUAAAAACCGUCCAGUUGCUAGAUGGAGCUUAAAAUGUUUUGUACAGAAAUAACUGUAAUUAAGCUGGUGAGAAUAACGACGAAUAGAAAUUGUUACUGCAGGUUGCAUGUAAAAAUGGAAUGAAGAAAACAAAAUCGUUACAUAAGUGCGCGCCAAUUGGCAAGUUUGUAAGAAUAGCCUCUUUUCUGAUUUCGACAACAAGAAUAAACAACUCAAACAUGGAAUAGCGGUUUUUUAGAAAACCCGGCUAGGACAUUAUUCAGCGUUCUCCUUCUUUGAAUUCCUUUUUGUACGCAAAUCAGUAAAUGGUUCGACUCAUUUUUGUUCUGACACACUUAAGGCUAAACUGUACGUGCUGUAUAUCAAUUGAUAACUGAAGAGUGAUCAAAAACGUUUCAGUUACACAGACGGCAUAUGUCGGUUUCUAUGAGAGCGAGGGUUUAGCGACAGUCUUUUAAUCCAUCGGGGCUUGUUCAAUGUGACCCGCCAUAGAUAGCUUCGGUUGAUUCCUUUGAUUUGCAAAGUAAAAAGAUUUAUGAUUUAUAAAGUUUGAUUCUACCGUUUUCUACACAUGUACAUGUAGAAGUAGCUAGCACAUAUAUAUCCAUAAAAGAAGGAACAAAAAAAAAGGACGAAACACCUGGAAAAAAGCUAGUUCCGUAGCUGGUCGAAAGUUUCACUCGAAAUCUGAAAUCCGAAUUGUUAUUAUUAUUGUUUUCUUAAGCUAAAUCCAAUUAUCUGGAUAUUUUCUUCCUUGGCUGAUAUAUCUAUUACAAGUACCUCGAAUAUCAACUAGGCAUUAUGACCAUGCAUUAGGCCAAUAUUUCUGGAUAUUGUCGUUCAUCGAGUUCUCCUUUGCUUUCGUCUUUAUGAUGAAAAGUCCAAAAAAUGGAACAAGGUCAAUAUUUACGCCAUCUUCACUGAACAAAUUUGGUCAAUAAAGGAUUUACUGUAAUUGGCUAAAGUAAAAAAAUCCUAAGACUGUGCGUCUUGGUUUUCUUUGUUUUCAAUGCCAAUAAAAGUUGGCCGGUUUCCUUGUUUUCUUACUUGAGGUUUCAAAAUUGCACAACUACUUAAGUCGCGUAAACCACGUCAAAGAUUGUCUCACGCGCACAGGUUUAAUUUAGAGACAGAGUGGAGAAUCUGAAGCGUACGAUAUCCAGCGCUAUCUACUUCGACAUGGUAAGGCAGCACAGGACAAGAUUGGCUUGUGAGAUGCUCUUGGCAGUGUAAAAACUCUCUCACCAAUGUUUGACAUAUUUCAGAGACAAUUCCAUCUCGUCUUGUCAGAGAGUAGACGAUGUACUAUCAUCAUCAUGCCUAUCAUAAAUAUUGUGAAGUUGUGUUAAAGAGUUCGUUAGCAGAUGACCAUUCAGGAUUUUUUAAAGAGAAAACAGGUCUUUUUCCUCAGAGGGGACACUUUCAAUUUAUUUUGAAGAAAACUUUUAACUUUAUCCUCAAUGGAAGAUAUGAUUAUUUUUUGUUUUAUUUUAUCGUAAAAGGUUAUUUUAGCCUUAAGAAUAUCCUUGGCCAUAAAUCCCGUUGUUUAAAAGUUACUUUCUUUACUUUAUUUAAUCUCACUGGUGGCCUAUAAACAACGUAUGUGUUGAGCUAUUUUUAUUAAUUAGCAUCUUAGCUUUUUGAUAACAAAGGUACGAGUCAUCAUAAUUCCCUUACCAGUGUAAGUUCCUGUAAGCAUACUCAAGACGCUUCGUUCUGCAAAACUGUUUUUUUUUUACAAAAUGCUGAUAGAAAAUUUACGGUCCAUAUAAACUAUCUUGAGUAUAAAUGCUGUUCACUCAGCCAUCUCAACAAACUUUCACGUUUAGUCUGCUGAUUCAGUUCGAGAUUUUUACUUUCUUCUUGCUCCAAAUGUUGCUUAAGUGGCCCGAGAUGCGGACUUUGACGUGUUGCGAAUGUCCUUGAUUCGUUGACUCUUAACGUACUUGAAAUAGUUUUUUUCCCCGUUGUUAAAUUGUCCUUUUGCUUCAGUUGGCGGUUUCUAUCGAUAGGACCGGUCGUUAACGGAGCAUCUUGUAACUGAUGCGGCAAUUUUGGAAGUUGAAAGGACCUUUCAUUCUGUUCUUUGUAAAUAAGUUGACUAUUUGAAUCACGUAUUUGUCUGGCAACUAGGUUCCCCUCUGAACGUGAGCGUAGGUUUACAGUAGGCGCCAAAAGAUUAUGAGUUCUUAGUCUCGGUGAACUGCUCCUAACUACCACGCUUCGUCUCAUGGGCGGAUCAGGAUAAAAGCUCUGUCUGGUCGCGUGCUCCAAUAAGAUGGUCUCUUCUACCUCGGUUGUUAUUCUUUCUGGUUUAAGUUUCAACGUUUUUCUUUGCAUUUCCCUAGCUUUUUCCCCCUGGACUUAACUUUACGACGAUAAAAAUAGGAAUAAUUUGAGCAAACCUCGAAUAAACCCUUUCGCUCCGAUAUUGAAGGACUAAAUAAACCAUGUAAUGGCAUUUUAUCCAUAUUAACAAUAUAAUCUACCUCUGUAAUUUGCGGUUUGUAAUUUUAGCUAUGUAAUAUCAUUGAAAAGGAUUGGACGUUUUCCCAAAACAACUGAUCUUGAACAAACCUUGAAGCUCCAUUGCAUUCCAAUGCAUCAGAGGCUUAAUAACAUAUCAGUUGAAAAAGACUGACAUAUACACUAGCUGUCGUUUCAGGAAAGUACAAGAUUUUGAUUUAAUUCUGUUGUGUAUGGACAUGACUUGGCACUUUUUAAUUUCUUCUAGUGAAUGAUACACAAAUGAUCAUAGAGCUUGAAUACAACACAACUGAGCUUUAACAUCUUGAGUUUAACAUUUUUUUUGAAAAAGGAUAUUAUCUAACGAACUAUAUACCAUUUGACACUUGACAGAAUACUUGAAACAGACAGCACAGAGCCCGCUAGAACAAAAAAAAAUAACGUGUAAUAACAAAUUUUAUAUUGUAAAUUUAAUGCUACGGUGGUGAUCCUGUAAAGAUCUGCUUCCUAAAAGAAUAAUGUUAAAUCAGUUGGCUUUAUUUAUUUCAUUGGCUAGUGACGUAAAAAUAUUAUUUUUGAAGCUGACUCAUUAAAAAUGAAAAAAACACAUCAAAAGAAAUCACUCCCUUAAACGGAAGUUGGAAUUCUUUUACAUGUACAUCAUGCAAUAGAGCGCUGGUUAUAAAAAAACAGUUUACCGAAUUGUUAAUCCUUCAUUUUGUUUUGUCGCUGAAACAUAUCUCAGUUCUGUGGUUAGCUUCAUUAAAUAUAGGUGCAAGCUGGACCUAGCAACGAUGUCUCAUUCUACACAGUCAAAAGUUAAUUAUACAGAAACUUGAAGACGAUGGAUUAAUAUACAGGAAUCAUCUAUUGUUACUAACAAUGACGUAUCAAGGACAGGAGAUCUAUAAAACAUAAGGAGCAGCCUUCGAACCCGGUUACUCUAUAUAAUGAGCAAUCCACGCGGGUAGGUACACUUUUGCAUGGGUUUUAGUGAUUUCAUGUAAAAGCGUAGGGAAACCUGUCGUUAAGGUAUUUCAAAGGAUAUAAACCUAAUAACGAUUAUUCACCGAUGUGCAAGUGGCUAGUAGUGGAUAUUUAACAAGCCGUGAACUGCCAAAAACUGCCAAAUCGAAUUUUGUCGCCUUCUUCGUGUUGUAGGGAACAGCUUCCUCGUUUAUUUGUGAAAUAUCUUCGUUUAGUGUUACGGUUGCAAACCACCCGAAAGCCAUUUUGCUCGUAACUUACACGAGCUUGGCGUCCCUCGGAGGUGAAAAGUAUACAACUAUCCCCUAAAGGGGAGGUGGUGGUGGAUAGACCAAGACGCGAAGCGUCGAGGUAAGUAUCUAGCACUGUACCCCUUGAGGGGUAUAGUUGUUUUAGUAUAAACCAAAUCAUUUGGAUAAAAAUGAAAAAAGUUACUUUUUGUAAAUCAAAAAUGUCACUUAGUAGGAACUUUAUUACAAUUUACAAACAUUUCGGGGAUUUUGUCAAGUGCAUUUCUACGAUUUUGUUGCAAAUUCGGCAUGAAAAUAAUUUUCUACCUACCAGUUAACACUGACAAGCCAAACAUAGUCGCUUACUUAGUAUUUGUUGGUACCGAACGACUACUUCAUUUAUCGCUCAAAUUUCGUCUGCCGAAAAUGCCUAGAAGCGAGACGCCAUCUUGGCUCCGGUCGCAAAACAGUGAAUAGCCGAGGAUAUUCCGAGUUACGGGAGCCAAUCAAAACGCGCGAAAAGUGCUAUUCACUGAUUUGGUAAAUACUAACACUGGAUAUCCCGAGACUGAGUUGCCAAUCAGAGCGCGCAAAAACACUAGAUACUUCACGAGUUGAUUGAUUUUAUAGGUUUCUUUGAUUCUAAGGCCCCUUAGUUAAAAUAUUUCCAGAAGACGUACCUUUCCGGCCUUUGCUUCCUUUAAUUAACAAGGUUUUAAAAAAGGGAAGCAAUGUACUUUUAUAAAUAUCUUACGUAAUGAUGAAUACCAUUUUGCAAUGAAAGGCAUACGAAUGAAGUACAGCAUUUCUGUUCAUUAAAUCUUUGCUGAGUACCCCCUCCACCCUCUAUUUUUCAAAUUGGGAGGAAAUUUUCUAAGUUCGAAUACAAAGGCCGUUUAUUUUUCGAGGGCUUAAUACUUUGCUCUCUAGCCUGAUUACACUAAAUACUUCCUUCCCUUCAAAUAUCCGAAGCAUGUUCCCUUAAUCGGCCUAUUUGGCCUUUAACUAUAAUGGCACACGUUAAAGUCGACAGAAAAGGGCUCAAGACGCCCUGCAUGAGUGCGAAAUAACUGAAGAAGAGAGCUCAUCUUACCAAAUGAAGUACAUUAAAUCCACUCAGCGAGUGAUUCGGAAAUGAUCUCACUAAAGACCUUGAAAGUAAUGUUCACGUUUCGUUUUCCUUCAGUCAAACGAACAAACGCCCCACAGUGAAUCUUUUCUCCUUUCAGUUUGAGCGCCAAACACUGAUCAGAUGAAAAAGAAGCACUAGACAGUGUACUAGCGACUGUAAAGAAAGAGAGAGAAAGAGAAAAAAACGACCACAAGAACAAUUAGAACAACAAAAACAGCAAUGAUCUCCAUCUAGCCUGGUUCCAGUUGAGAAUACUUCCAGAACUUGAUAUCUUUUGCCUUUGGGCACAAGAAUGUAAAAAGCUCUAGCUUUUAUUCACCGGAUCAACGGAUGAAGCCACCGGCUUGUUGAGCCUAAUAAUAGUACCACAGGAAAGUUAGCUCUUCAUUGAUCACCUUCUUCCAAAUAGCCGAAAAGCAUUUCUUAUCAGCUAAACGUAUUUGUAACAGACCGCAUUAAAGUACCAUUAAGUAGCUUUCAACUGAAUUAAAGGUCAUACCUCAAAACCUCGACGUGUGUGUUGGGAAAAAAAACUCGGGUCUGUUGGCAUUCGUGAUUUUUAUUGUUGUUAACCAAUGUGGUUAAGAGAAAUUGGUGUUUGCGGUUUCAAAAUCGAUCCGUCUGAUGCGAAAUUUACGUAUACUGUGUAUUCAUGCACCUGACAUUAUCUUAAAGCACUGGCCCGUUACGUUAAUGAAGCUGGAAGAAGUUUUAAAUUCUUGAGCCCUCAUAAGUCGGCAAGCGCUCUUUUCAGGAAGAAAAAUAUUAUUUUAAGGAAAUACAAAGAAAAUUUGCAAGAUUUUUUUUUCUUGAAAGACAGGUGUCUUGGUCUAUACUAUAUCCAGAACAAUCCGCAAGAUUUCAUUUUUGUUUGCAAUUGAUACUUGAGCAUUGUGAAAAGACUCUAUGUCGCAAUUAGUUUGACGCUACCAAAACUCCCUUUCAUGACAUAAAAUCGAUUCAAGCCUAUUAACUUUGUUUAAAGAUAUAUCUGACGGUGAGAGUACGUCCUAUCCUGCAUGGUAAUAUUUAUGCAAAACCGGUCGGAAACGGGAGCCUACAAUCUUGAGCAGUGCUGAAGUUUUUUAAUUUUCUAAGCCGUGUUUAAUUAGGAAAUGAAACGAACUGGAAAGUUCAAUUCUAUCUGUGCAAUAAAAAAAAUUCUUGCAAUUUUUGUCAAAGGCGAACAAAAGCAAGAUUAAAACUGUGUAUUGUUUUACUGGAAAACCGCGUCGAAUUAUUUUAAGAAGUAUCAUAUUUAUUACAUAAACUUUGUUGUCUAAAUUUCUUUCUUGCCAACCAAAGCAGGCAUCUAUUGGAUUUGUAUCGUUUUUUGUUCUUGUUUUUUUUAUUAGUAACUAAAAUGUCAACAGUAACAAACAUUAAAAGUCCUAACCUUAGAAACUGCUCGAUCAGUUGCAUCUGCUGUUUCUAAAUAGGGAAAGUAUUGUGUAUUUAACAAGUAACUUAUAAAUUAACAAAAUAACAAAACAACAAUAGACAGUAUUUUAGUAUACAUAGACUUUCUUAACGCUGCGGCAGAUAAUUUCACUCUUUCCUCUGUGUAUCGGAGCUAAAUCCUACUGAUUCUUUUGUGCAGUUUGUAACAGACCCCGGCGACAGGAUUAAUGGUAAGAAUAGUCUACGUUGACAAGGACAACUAGAAAUAAUUAUUACGAACUCUUCUGUAGCACAAUAGGUAAACCGGCGCGAAUACCAAUUUACAUUUUUGAGCGGUUUUGUAGUAUAAACGGAGAAAUCAUUUUCUUUAAAAUGAUUCAAAUUUAACCGUUUGGAAAGUUUUAAAAGUUCUUUUUAAACGCGUACAGCUGCACCACACAUAGUUUACAUAGCCCAAUCUGUCGGCCAAUUCGCACAAAAGCAGUCUAUACUUAUUCGCUUGGUUCCAUGUAUUUUUACAUAUGACAACAGUGAAUAUCGUUAUGUAACCCUUCUUUAUUUUCCCAAAACGAGCUUAUAAACCUCACGAGUUAAUAUACAAAACUAACGCGACUUAAAUUAAUUUUACCCGGCUGUUUUUGUUGGUGUUAAAAAAAUUUUUUUUCCGGUUUUUCGCAUGACACGCCACUCUGUUACCUCUCGUAAGAUUUAAGGAAGACGAAAUGCAGCCUAUUAACUGCCAGGGCAAUUUUUAAAGUUAAUUGAAGGCUACGUUUAGACAAAUGACGGGUGAGACUUUCUAACCUCAGCUGUAAACUGUGUCGAUCCCACGGACGCUCCAACAAUUUUAAAAUAAACGGUAUGUUUUAUCCUUUUUGAUAUAGAAGUGGAAAGGUUUGAUCGUUCAGUAUUGCUUGUCAAGCAUGGCGAUUCAAUUGUAACCGCGCAAUGGAUAGGGAUUUUUCGUAAUCCAGGACAGCUAUGUGUUUUAGAUAAGUUUUAAUGUAUUUUGUUACAAUAUAUAAAAGCUUAAAGGCAAUCAAACCGCAAAAACAAAACUAUCUAUAUCGUUUUCUUUCUUAAGUGAUUAUCGAAAAUUGUUAUUAUUUGGUUAUCAAACGAGAAGGUGAAUCAUAGAAGAAAGUUCAAAGUCAUAAAAAAAGUUGCACAGGAUUGAGCCGAGGUUCCUCAAUCCCGAAGUUAUUUUUGUCCUUAAAGAGGAUUACUAAUUCAUAUCAUUUUUGUCAUCAUUAACCACAGUCAUUUUUAAUGGAGGGAAAAGAAAAUAUUGUCUAAGUUGUAAACAUACUGUUUACCUUUGGAAUAAUCCGUAUUACUGUUCAAACCUCAGCAUGGGAGGAACACUGCAGCUUUUCUAAAUGAAUAAUCUGACAUAAUCUUUUUAUGUUUAACAUUGACUCGAUAAAAGCCCAGCAAUUAGUACUCGAAAAACCAAGUUUGGCGUUCAGUCAAUCCAAUUGUUACAUGUAAAUUAGUAGACAUACGGAUUAAAGGCGAUUGAAGAAUCUGCAGUGCUAGGAUUUCUGCACGUAGCUUCCUAUACCACAAAACCGGACCGCUAGGUGAAGAAUCAUUUUGUAUAUUUCAACUCAAAAGUUGGCUCUCUAUAUUGUAAGUUUAUAACUACAAUAGAUCCACAGACAUAAGAUAGCUUCAAAGGUUACUAGCUUCAUUGUAGUUCACACUGAGUUAGCAAUUGACACUAAGUUUUGAAGGAAAUUGGAAAUUGUCUCACCCUGGCAUUCAAGUAAAAGCUUUGUUACAGGCUUGGUAUCGUAAAUUAUCAACAAACUGUGACGUUUUUAUUAAUCUAAAGUGAGGUCAUUUGGAGGACUAUAAUCGAAUAGCAUAACGUACUAGUUUUCCUUGGUUGUACCUUGUUCAUGGUUUCAUAUACAACACAGUGUCGUGACCUUUACUGAGAUGAAAUCCGGCCGUUAACGACUGCUAGAAGAGAAAACAAAAACAUAAUUUGGCACACUAAUAGUCGAAACGUAAGUCCUAUUAAAAUAAAAAUCACAUACAUAAAUAAAAAAAAAAUAAACUUAUUAUAAGUGAUUGUUUUCAAUACUUCAUUUGCAGUGAUUUAGCAAUUUUCAAUUUUCAAUUAACAGAUCACUCUGAUUAUAACCAAGUAUACUGAAGUGAGCAUAACUGUUUCGUAGGCAUUCAAGAUGACUGACGAGGAUGCUACCAAGUAUACUAAGCUCUUCGUGGGAGGAAUCCCUUAUCAUACAGAAGAUGAAACAAUGAAGGAGUAUUUUCUGCAGUUUGAUGACAUUGUAGAGGCAGUGAUCAUACGAGAAAGAAACAGUCAGCGAUCCAAAGGAUACGGAUUUGUAAGUUAUUUUAGCUAUGAUACUCCCAGAAUAAAAUUAAACCGCAAAAACUACCUUGUCCUCACAAGAUGACCAGUAAUUUAUGCCCUGAGGAAUUUCUCACCCGGUUCUUCAAUCUUGAAACUAAUUUAAAAAUCUGACUCAUAUAACUCGGUGGAAUCCGGAGAUAUCGAAACCCAUGGCCAUGGCCUGAGACAUGAUUCUAGGCAUGCGGAAGCAAUUCAGAGGCCAAUUGUAUCCCAGAAGAGUGCUAGCUGACCUGGAAUCCAAGAUCACUUUAAACUGUGUAGUUAAGGGAUCAAACUUUAAGGAUAGAAUCAUUUCGCCUACAGAGCUCCUGGCAGCUGGCCAGAAAGAUCGAUUGAUGCACCACAAAAUUAUCAACCUUCCUUUUGAGACGAUACAGAAAAUAAAAAAAAUACUUUCUGGUGACCUUAACCAUUUGUGUCAAAUAUAAAAUUACUUUUGUUUUCAUGCGAAACAGUGUUGUGUAAAGAAGAUAUAAUCAUGACGCGUUUUUCAACUUAUUAAGCCAAAAGUAAGUCUAAAGAUAGAAACAAUGGGUAGAAGCAGAAGAAUCCACUGCGAAAGGAGGAAGUGUGGUCCAAGUGAAAGCCCAGGAAAAUGAGUUUCGGUAUUGUGAUUAUUCGUUUGGAUUUCUCCUCAACUGGUUUGAGUAUACCUUUACAUGCGAGAAACGCAAACGUCAAAAUGAUAGCAAGAAUUUGUAUUCGAAGUACUGCUUAAGACAACAGACAUGCUGCAUGUAGAUAGAUAUAAAAUAUAAAUACACAACCCUCUUUUGACACAAAUGUAACCUCUUUUUAUUUCAGGUUACCAUGGCAACAAAAGAAGGAGCUCAGAGGGCAUGUGCAAAUAAGAGGCCGGUUAUUGACGGCAGGCGAGCGAAUGUAGAUCUGGCAUAUCUUGGAGCAAAGCCUAAAAACCCAAAGGUGGCACCCCAGCAAGAUGGUGCAGUCAGUCCAAAGUCCUACAGUGUGCCCUCAUCUCCAACCGAUUCUGAACAGGAUUUCCGCUUGGAACAUGGCACGGAGUUGGUAGUAGAAGAAAAGUACCCUACACACAGUGGCUCACCUAGCUUUCCUGGAAGUUUAGCGUACGACUCUAUCCAUUCUGCAACAGCUCAUACAGUUUCAGCCCACGCAAUGAUUUCACCUUGUGGCCUGAAGACUGUCAGUGUCGGUGGCAUGCAAGCUGUUAGCCCCAGUCAGCCACCAGUGAAUACCAUGAACCACUACAAUCAGUCGUGUUCGCUAUCACGAUACGACAAAAACACUUUCAGUCAAAAAUAUUUGGCUAACCAAAAUUCUGUUGCUAUGGUGACCUACAUGCCACAGGCCGGUGCUGUGGUGGCUUUGCCAGAAAGUCUCGCUUUUCCUUCACAAUUCAACUCACCACAGUUUGCCCAGGUCCAAGUUCCUCAUCAUCCCACAAAACCCAUACCUGGUCCAGCAUACGUCUACUCUGUCCCUGUGUGGUACGUAGACCAAGGGGUGCAAACAUGUGGCCAAAUCAGCGUAGAUGCAGGGUUAAGUUAUCCUCAAACACCUUUGGUGCAAGCAGGGAUGAACGGAAAUACCAGUUGUGGUAUUCAAGCUGGAAAAUUUUACUCCACACCAAUAACUUACUAUUAGUUCUUACCUUAUACAAGCACCGCAAAAGAACAAUUUUAAGAAUUAAAUCGAAAUAGUGCACUGAAUGCCAUCAUGGGCAGUUGCUCAGCAUAGUUACCUAACUUUUGGGGACUUAAAAAUACCCAAAGUGUUAGGAAAGAGGAGAAGUACACUAUAGAACUAACUUCCACUCCAUUAUAAUGCAUUGGUUUCUUUUCUUUUGAACCAUCAAGUGAGGAGCUAAUAAGAAGUAAUUUAAAACAGGAUGAUGUAAAAAAUAUAUAUUAAAUACAUACUGAGAAAUACUCACCAAAAAGCUAUGUCGUAAAUUUUCAUACGCAAAUGAGUUCUAGCCAAAAAUGGUCUUCACACGUGAAAAAAUGAUACGUCCAAUAAGAAUUGCAAACGAUGUUUUUCUCGUGUGAGAAAAACGAUACAUGCAAUCAGAAGCCAUGGAAGUGUUUGAGUUUCGCGCCAAAAUUCCCGCCUUUUGCAGCGCCGCUUCGCAAACAUUCAAGGAGGAAAGUUUUUCUCGAAGAGUUUUUCUUGUAGAAAAGUGAAAAACAUCUCAGAAAAGUGAGUGGAAUAGUUUCGUUUGUUUCAUUGUCGAUCAAAAAAAAAAAACAGACUCUAGAGGGCCGCAAAAACAACAGCGCAAGGGAAAACUGAAACAGAACGAGACGUAAGCUUAAGUUGUACUUUUCAUUGGAAUUGUCUUCUAUUUAAUAUUCAAACCGGCCAUUUUACCUAAAUUCAUUCAAUUUCAAUUGUGGAUUCGGAGCAGACGGUUAUUAAGAUAACUUUUAAUUAUUGGAUUACCUCAUAUCCUUACCCUCGUGAUAUUUUUAACAAACAUUUCACUAAGAGGCUGAUACUUCGAUCUCGUUGUCAUUUCGCGGUGUGUCGCGGCCAAUUUUGGCAUUUUGGAAAGACUUACAAUAAAAACGUCUCAAAAUGGUGACUGUCUCAGUAUGUAUAUAAUAAACACAAGGCCAAAUAGAAACUGCUUCGUACGGGUAUUUACGCACUCGUUG